GCAUGUGGGGCAGUGGUCUGGAGAUGCACACCAAGCCUUGGGUCAGAGCGAGGGCCCGUCGUGACUACUGGGAGAAGCUGAAGCCUGCGUCCGGCCGUCCUCUCUGCCCAUCCAUGUCCGCACCCGAUGGGUGGGGCGUCACCAAAGGCCACGCUGACCUGAUGCAGCAGAAGGAGCCCACCUCCCAGGCGCAGCUGAAGGUUCUCUUCGACAAGGCCGACAAAUGCCACUGAGCUCGCCUCUGAGGUUUAUUAAGAAGCCAAGAGAUGGCGUUCCCACACAGUCCAUUAAGUUUACAUACUGAAAAGAUUGAAAUGCUAAAGUUCUUUCUGUCUUUUUAGGACCAAGAGCAGCUGUAAAUGCACCUAAAAAAAAAAAAAAAAAAUGCUUUAACACUCCAAAAGUGCCUGAUGUUGUCUUUAGUAAAGAAUUUAAUUGUGUGUCGUAGUAAACUUCCAACUGAACAAUA